CAACUCGCGUGAGCUGUGACUGGCGGGAGUCUAAUCUUAAAGCUUAAUCUCCAUGGCCAUAAGGCUUUAUGACAUGCCCGGAACGGACCAGUAAGAGUGGAUGCGGAUGGCACCAGGGCAAAGAUUAAUCAGCGGCUGAUUAUUUAAACCCAAUCGUAAGGCAAAGUCCCUUAGUUGAGAGACUGAAUCGGCCACAGGAUGAGGAGGCUUAGAUGUACCUGGAGCUCUGUGAAACCCCUGAUCAUCAUCCUUACACCACUGUCACUGCUGCCGCUGCCGUUGGUUAUCACGACAAAGGAAGCAGAAUGUGCCUAUAUCCUAAUUCUAAUGGCUGUGUACUGGAUGACAGAGGUGCUUCCUCUCUCAGUAACUGCGCUUCUGCCUGCUGUGCUUUUCCCUCUCUUUGGGAUCAUGAAGUCCUCACAGGUCGCCUCUGUGUAUUUCAAAGACUUUCAUUUGCUGUUGCUCGGGGUCAUCUGUCUAGCAACAGCCAUUGAGAAAUGGGGUCUUCAUCGCCGAAUUGCUCUCAGAUUAGUGACUGCUGUCGGUGUCAACCCUGGCAUGUUGAUGCUGGGCUUUAUGGUUGGCUGCGCUUUUCUCUCCAUGUGGUUGAGUAACACCUCAACUGUUGCGAUGGUGAUGCCGAUUGUGGAAGCUGUGAUACAGCAGGUUUUGAAUGCAAACGAUGAGCCCAGCAAAGACCACAAGGGGGCGUUAAAUGGCAUCUCUAACCCUGCUCUUCAACUUGAAGAUAUCGAGGCCCAGUGUGACCAACCUGAGAAGAUUAAAAGUAUUGAAGCAGGAGUCAUAGAGCCAGUUCAGACAGCUCCCGAGGAAUCCGAAACUAAGUCACAAGCUUCGCUGAUAAAUGGAAAGUAUAAGACCCGGGAAGAUCACUUGAUGUGCAAAGGCUUAUCACUCUGCAUUGCCUACUCCUCAUCUAUUGGAGGUCUGACCACCCUUCCAGGAACCUCAACCAACCUCAUUUUUUCCGAAUACAUGCACCAGUAUUACCCAGAAUGCAGGAUCAUAAAUUUUGGGAACUGGUUUGUGCUUUGUCUUCCCAUCUGCAUAAUUAUGCUGAUUUUGUCAUGGAUAUUCCUACACUGGAUGUUCCUAGGAAGCAACUUUCGUGCCAGUCUGUGUUCCAAAAAGCAGUCCGAGAAGGAGAAAAACACUGCCAGGAUGCUCAACAAUCAGUACAAGUCACUUGGACCCAUAAGCUGGCAGGAGAUCAUCAUCUUGGUUAUCUUCAUUCUGAUGGCGGUUCUGUGGUUUACAAGAGAACCAGGUUUCAUGCCAGGCUGGUCAUCGCUGUUCGCUGGGUACAGAGGCUACGCUUCAGAUGCCACAGUAGCGCUGUUACUAGGUUUCUUUUUCUUCAUCAUCCCCGCACACAAGCCAAGCAUGGAUCGCUACGAGGCCUUAAUAACAUGGAAGGAAUUUCAGGCCUGUAUGCCGUGGGAGAUCUGUCUGCUCGUGGGUGGAGGUUUCGCUUUGGCCGAGGGCACAAAGACUUCUGGUUUGUCAUCUUGGGUUGCUGAACUGCUGACUCCCUUGGGAAAUCUCCAUCCUUUAGCCACAGUCACCAUCGCCUGCCUUAUUGUCACCUCGAUCACGGAGGUGGCCAGCAAUGCUGCCACAAUCACAAUCUUUUUGCCUAUACUGGCCCCAUUGGCGGAGGCGAUUGGGGUGAAUCCUCUGUACAUGCUGAUUCCUACAGCCCUGUGUGUGUCUUUCUCCUUCCUGCUUCCGGUGUCUAACCCUCCUAACGCUAUUGUCUUCACAUACGGCCAUGUUACAAGCAUGGAUAUGGUGAAAGCAGGUCUGGGUGUUAACGUUAUAGGCGUUCUUACAGUCCUAUUAGCUCUUACAACAUGGGGAACACCUCUGCUUAACUUGGACACCUACCCAGACUGGGCACCAGUAAGGAAUAUCACUGGAGUAUGACCAUCAUUGUGACAAUGUUAGUAAAUGAACCCUUUAGUUUUAAGAUUAAACAGGAAGUGGCACACUGUUGUCUGACCCUCCAAAUGUUUUUCAUGGUGGACUUCUUGUACACAUGGAAUAAAGUGUGGCCCGCUUGCCUCAAGCAACACAACAGACGGCUGUGAAGACUAAGAUUUUGGGUUCCAGAAGAUGUUCUGCUUGAACAAAAUUGUUUAUAUUUUUUGUAUUAUAAUGUUUGUAAACAAGUCCUUGAUUGCUUAGGCUCUGUGUUUGUGAAAAUUGUUGUUUAUUAAGAAAAAGGUACGAUGAUUUGACUUUAGAAAUCCUGUCAAUGAGUUGCCUUCACAGUUAGUCAACGCAGUGCAAUGUUUAUACAGAAUGUAUAAUGUAUUAUAAGUGUAUUUUUCUUUAGCCUUAAAGGUCAGUUUGCACGAUAGGGUUAGUCCUGUUGGUUGACUGUCUAAAAACUGCUUUGCACAAAUUUUUAUAUGUAUAUUAUAUAUUUUUGUUAUAUAGUAGCAUGUGCAUAUACAGAUAAAUAACCAUGUGUAGGAUGUUGAAAUGACAGACUAAAAUGAACGGAUUGUGUUUUCAUGAAAGUUAACUUAAAAAAAAAUGUUUGCAGAUAACACUCCCCCUAGUGGCCAGCAAAUAAUAGCUUUCACUUUUUGAACAAAUACAAUGUGGAUAGUUUUGUUUUUUAAGAUUUUUUUAUGUUCAUACAGCACUGUAACUGAAUGAAAUGCAAAUACAAGCAUUUUCUGCAUCAGUUUGGGUGUUUCAUUGUUACAAUUUUUUUUUUAUCAUUGAAAGAGACUAAAUAUGUCAUACAAUUAUUCUCUGUAUGUGUGUAUUUAUAAUAUCAUAGUUAAUUUGGAGUGAACUAUUUGACAUAAAGCCACAUGGUCACAGUAUGACAGAUUCACUCAGAUGUGUUUCACUGAUUUUGCCAGAAAAACACAUUUAAAUGUGACAGGAACUAUUCAUCAUGUUCUGGCAGUAAUUCGUACUAAUUUGAAUAAAACAAAUAAACAUUGGAGGUUCAUAAAA